UUAAAUGUGGCUCUCCUGCCUGGGCAUUUAAAUAGACCAGGGCCGGAGUGUGAUCGGCACCUUCUCCGCACAGGCCGCCGGAACAACUCAACCCACCGCCAAGAUGGAACGCACAAUGAUUGCUGUGAAAAGUGAUGGAGUUCAGAGGGGGCUGAUCGGAGAGAUUAUUAAAAGAUUUGAACACAAAGGAUUCAAGCUCAUCGGCAUGAAGUUGGUUAAGCCCACUGAGGACAUGGCGAAGCAACACUACAUCGAUCUGAAGGCCAAACCUUUUUACGCCAGUCUCUGCAAGUUCACUUCCGCUGGUCCCUUUGUGGCUAUGUGCUGGGAAGGACAGAGUAUUGUGAAGGUUAGCCGGGAUAUGCUCGGGGAAACAAACCCAGCCGAUUCUAAACCAGGAACCAUCCGCGGGGAUCUGUGUGUCCAAGUGGGAAGGAACAUCAUCCAUGGCAGUGACUCCCUGGAAACAGCUAAGAAGGAAGUGUCUCUGUGGUUCAAGCCUGAGGAGCUGAUUGAUUGGAAGUCGUGUAUGGAAAGCUUCCUGUAUGAGUGAGGGACAUCAGCAGUGAGAGUGCUGUGAGCGACAGGCUCCAUGCGGAACUCCCAUCCACCUCCCACAUCUCCCUCUGUGUCCCAACCACAAUAAAAGCUGCCUGAGAAAUCA